AACUGUUAGCUAGCGAGGUUCCGAACAGCGCCGCUAGUAUUUAGCUCAUGACAGAAGAUUUUUUGACUAAUUUAAGGCAAAAACGCAGUUUAAUUUGAUUAUCUUUUGAGAAAUAUUAAUUGUUUUAAAAUUACAUUUAAAGCAGCAGCUGCUUUGUUGUAGCAGGAUGGUAAUUAUUUAUAAAAGGUUUGCUAAAGCUAGCCAGCUGUGUUAGCAUGUUGCUGUAGCACAUUUCGUGCUUCUUCACCGGGUUAAAAAAAUAAAGCUGUGGUUAUUAUUUUCGGGUUUGGAACUGUUCCUGUUUGUAUCGUCUAUUCUAUUUAAUUUUUUAAAAUUGUUUUUAAAUGUAAAGUAUUAGUGGGGCUGGUUCCGCUUCCCCUGGUAAACAGCCGGCUGUCAAUCAGUUUGUCUCAGAUUGUGAUCUUGAAAGUUUUUGAGUCCUUGGGAAAGACACGCAGCCAGAGUGUCCUGAUCUUUAUAACUGUACAUGUCUCAGGCUAAACAUGCUGAGGCGCGGGAGCUGAUGUACCGCGGCGCUCUGCUCUUCUUCAGCCACAACCAGCAAAACAGUGCAGCAGAUCUGUCCAUGUUGGUGCUGGAGGUUUUGGAGAAGUCAGACGCAAAAGUUGAGGACGAAAUAUUAGAACAUUUAGCUAAGCUGUUCAGCCUGAUGGACCAGAACUCUCCGGAGAGAGCGGCGUUUGUGUCCAGGGCCUUGAAGUGGUCCACUGGAGGCUCCAGCAAGUUGGGCCAUCCCAAGCUGCACCAGCUGCUGGCUCUCACCUUAUGGAAAGAACAAAACUACAGCGAGUCCCGUUAUCACUUCCUGCAUUCGUCUGACGGGGAGGGCUGUGCUCAGAUGCUGGUGGAGUACUCGGCGUCCCGGGGAUACCGCAACGAGGUGGACUUGUUUGUGGCGCAGGCCGUCCUACAGUUCCUCUGCUUAAAGAACAAGAGCAGCGCGUCUGUGGUGUUCAGCACGUACACAGAGAAACACCCGUCGAUACAGAAGGGCCCCCCCUUCGUCCAGCCUCUCCUAAACUUUAUCUGGUUCCUGCUGCUGGCGGUGGACGGGGGUAAAUUAACCGUUUUCACAGUGUUAUGUGAACAGUAUCAGCCGUCUCUGAAGAGGGAUCCCAUGUAUAACGAGUAUCUGGACAGAAUAGGACAGCUUUUCUUUGGCGUUCCACCCAAACAGUCGCCAUCGUACGGCGGCCUUUUAGGAAAUCUGCUGAACAGCCUGAUGGGUUCUGGUGAGGAUGAUGAUGGCGUCGAAGAGGCCCAGGAGGACAGCAGCCCCAUAGAACUGGACUGACCCAACAGCCGGACGGAGGGCUCAAAGGAAGAAAAAAAAAACAGACUGCCCCCUCCUUCACCUUCACAGCGGGGUCAGGGCGGAGUGCCGUCUCGGGUUUUUACUGGCGUGCUGUUCAAAAGCUCCCAUCAUCCCCUGCGUCCCGUCAGCGCCGCCUGAACCGAACUGAACCCUGUCCAGCUGAGACACUUCAUUUCCCAUCAUUCUUAGUUCGGGAUCUCCAAGCAGGUGUGGCAUUCUGAAACUGUUUGAGCGUGAUGGCGCCACCCGGUGGUUUUUUUUUCUUUUCUCUUUACAGCAGCUUUUCUUGGUUAGGACUCGUUUCUGUAUAACUUAUUCCUAGAGAAGGAAAGGCAGCUCUGUAGUUUAAGGGCGCAUUUGAUUGACAGCGGGGCUCCAAGGGUCAGAAAAGCCUGAACGUCCGCAGGUCUCCCGGCGCGGCGUUCUCUCAUGUUCCACGGCCAACGUUACCCCUUUCAGGCCAAACCAGACGAUUGUGAAAUAAAUAAACGAUUGACUCAUCCGAUUUUACUUCAUUUGAAUGUUUCAGUCCAGUUUACCCCUCCAAGCAGAGCCCCCCCCCCACUGAAACUGAUGCUAGUUUUUGGAAAAAUGUGCGAAACGCUGCUGACGUCUGAGGAGCGUUUUAGUCUUUUCAACAGUACACUAACGAAAUAAAGAUCAACUGAGAGGA